CACACACAAGCCUUUUUCUUUAUCCAUUUUUAGAAUUUUUUAUUUUUUAGAAUACCAAAUGCAAGCUAGCACUGCUACAGAUCUAAAUCUCUCCUUUUUCUCUUGAUUCUUUAUUGGAGAUAAAUGGGGUGUUCCCAUUAGAUCUUGUCUUUACGCAUUGCUGUUCGUUAUACCAUCAGGAUACCCUGUCUGUGGUGUUCUCUCUCUCUCGUCUAAAGCUUGAUGGUUGCAUAAUUGCAGAUUUAUUUUUAGUUGCAAUUUUGCAUGAGAUAGCUUUAGGACAAAGAGAUCUGCUUGCUUGAGGUGGAAAGUCGAGGUGAAGGAUCUCAUAAGUAGAAGAACAAUGAGGAACAGAUCUGAUGGAGGCCAAAAGAAGCGUUUAAUCACUUCUUUCUGUGGUGCGGCAAUCUUUCUUGGGUUUCUAUAUCUAUACUAUGGAUCCAUUUUUGGUUCUUCAAGCCGUGGAGCAGCAGCACUGGAAUAUGGAAGAUCUUUGAGAAAACUUGGAUCAUCUUAUUUGGGUGGAGAUGAUGACACUGAUGGCAAGCAAGAUGAUUCUUCAACAAAAUUUGGCCUGGAGAAUGGAGAGGAUGAUAUUACACCCAAAACUUUCCCUGUAUGUGAUGAUAGGCACUCAGAAUUAAUUCCCUGCUUGGACAGAAAUCUCAUUUACCAAAUGAGAUUGAAGCUGGACUUAUCUUUGAUGGAGCACUAUGAACGUCAUUGCCCACCACCUGAGAAGAGGUUCAAUUGCCUGAUUCCUCCUCCACCAGGAUACAAGAUCCCAAUUAAGUGGCCCAAAAGCAGAGAUGAGGUCUGGAAAGUGAACAUUCCCCAUACACACCUUGCACAUGAAAAGUCUGAUCAGAAUUGGAUGGUUGUUAAAGGUGAAAAGAUAGCAUUUCCUGGGGGAGGCACUCAUUUCCACUAUGGAGCUGACAAGUAUAUUGCUUCAAUUGCAAAUAUGCUGAACUUUUCAAACAAUAUUUUAAACAAUGAAGGAAGAUUGCGUACGGUCCUAGAUGUCGGCUGUGGUGUUGCAAGCUUUGGAGCUUAUCUUCUUUCAUCUGAUAUAAUAGCAAUGUCUUUGGCACCCAAUGAUGUGCAUCAAAACCAAAUUCAGUUUGCCCUGGAAAGGGGAAUUCCUGCCUAUCUUGGUGUUUUGGGAACCAAGAGGCUCCCCUACCCAAGCAGAUCAUUUGAGCUUGCACACUGUUCACGUUGUAGGAUUGACUGGCUUCAGAGGGAUGGAAUUCUUCUUCUUGAGCUUGAUAGGUUACUUAGACCCGGAGGCUAUUUUGCAUACUCAUCUCCAGAAGCUUAUGCACAGGAUGAGGAGGAUCUUAGAAUAUGGAGAGAAAUGAGUGCCCUAGUGGAACGUAUGUGUUGGAGAAUUGCUGCAAAGAGGAAUCAAACUGUCAUUUGGCAAAAACCCCUAACAAAUGACUGUUAUAUGCAAAGAGCACCUGGUACUCAACCUCCCCUUUGCCGCUCUGAUGAUGAUCCAGAUGCUGUUUGGGGUGUGCCAAUGGAAGCCUGUAUCGCACCAUAUACUGACUAUGACCAUAAAGCCAGGGGGAGUGGGUUGGUUCCUUGGCCUUCUAGAUUGACCUCUCCUCCUCCUAGACUUGCUGAUUUUGGCUAUUCAAGUGAAAUGUUUGAAAAGGAUACGGAAACAUGGCGCCGGAGAGUUGAGCAAUAUUGGAAUCUCUUAGCUCCGAAGAUUGAGUCCGAUACUCUUAGAAAUUUAAUGGACAUGAAAGCGAACAUGGGGUCAUUUGCAGCUGCUCUAAAGGGCAAGGAUGUUUGGGUGAUGAAUGUUGUCCCUGAGGAUGGACCAAACACACUGAAGGUGAUAUAUGACCGAGGCCUGAUUGGUUCUGUCCAUAACUGGUGUGAAGCCUUCUCGACAUAUCCUCGAACUUAUGAUUUGCUCCAUGCUUGGACUGUCCUUUCGGAUGUUGAGAAGAAAGGCUGUAGUGGUGAGGACUUGUUACUUGAGAUGGAUCGCAUGCUUAGGCCAACUGGUUUCAUUAUUAUCCGGGACAAACAACGAGUGAUAGAUUUUGUAAAGAAGUAUUUAGCAGCAUUGCAUUGGGAAGCAGUAGCAACAGCUGAUUCCAGUUCAGAUUCACAUCAGGACGGUGAUGAUAUUGUGUUCAUUGUCCAAAAGAAGAUAUGGUUGACAAGUGAGAGCCUCCGGGUUUCUGAAUAGAACAAUGAACUCAAGCUUUCCUAUUUCUCCUCAUAUUUUCUGCAGCUCCGAGGGAGAUUAAGAAGCAUAUCCCAGGAAGCCACGCACUAAAAUUUUUAUUUUGUAGCAUGAAGCAAUUUUUACGUUGUUUUUCGUCUUUUCUUUUUCUCUUCUCUUUUCCUGUAAUGAUUUAGUUCAUAAGCCAUAAACUGUGAUAAUCUAUAGGCUAUUCUUCAAAAAAUUUUCCUCUAUUUUAGUUAUCCCAGUUACUUAAAAACUGUUUGACUAAUAAUCAAACGCAGGAUCUGUAAUACUGAAGUGCCUACGAAUUGUGGCCUUUUUUAGCUUGUUUAAUUCAAGGUUGCUUUGCUGCUGAAUACCAGCUGCUGUUUUUCCCUCUGCGGAUGCAGCUGAAAGAAUAAGGAAAUUCUGCAGAAGAAAAACCAAAAUAAUUGGAUUAUAGUUUG